UUCUUCGCGGCGCCGCGGACUCGCCAGUGCGCUCUGCUCCUUCGUCGAGGUAGGACGAGCUCUCACUGUCUGAGCCAAACCGAACCGGGCCGAGCUGAACCGAGGUCAGCGGUGGCCAGAGGAACCCAGCAUCUCGGGCAUCAUUCGCUCCGUGCACGCAUCGUGUACCUACACCGCAACUCCGUGCCUCAUUCCCGGGUACCCUCUGUGACUCGCUCCUGCAGCAAAGCCACCAUGCCUAUCACUCGGAUGCGAAUGAGACCCUGGCUAGAGAUGCAGAUUAAUUCCAACCAAAUUCCAGGGCUGAGCUGGAUCAAUAAAGAAGAGAUGAUCUUCCAGAUCCCAUGGAAGCAUGCUGCCAAGCACGGUUGGGACAUCAACAAGGAUGCCUGUCUGUUCCGGAGCUGGGCCAUUCACACAGGCCGAUACAAAGCAGGGGAAAAAGAACCAGAUCCCAAGACUUGGAAGGCAAACUUCCGGUGUGCCAUGAACUCCCUACCAGACAUCGAGGAAGUGAAGGACCAGAGCAGGAACAAGGGCAGCUCUGCUGUACGCGUGUACCGGAUGCUGCCACCCCUCACCAAGAACCAGAGGAAAGAGAGAAAGUCCAAGUCCAGCCGUGACACUAAGAGCAAAACCAAGAGGAAGCUGUGUGGAGAUUCUAGCCCUGACACCUUAUCUGACGGACUGAGCAGCUCUACUCUGCCUGAUGACCACAGCAGUUACACAGCUCAGGGAUACCUGGGUCAGGACUUGGACAUGGACAGGGACAUUACCCCAGCUCUGUCACCGUGCGUCGUCAGCAGCAGUCUCUCUGAGUGGCAUAUGCAGAUGGACAUCAUGCCAGACAGCACCACUGAUCUGUACAACUUGCAGGUGUCGCCCAUGCCCUCCACCUCUGAAGCUGCAACAGAUGAGGAUGAGGAAGGGAAGUUACCUGAGGACAUCAUGAAGCUCUUUGAACAGUCUGAGUGGCAGCCGACGAACGUGGAUGGCAAGGGAUACUUGCUCAAUGAACCAGGAGCCCAGCUCUCUACUGUCUAUGGAGACUUCAGCUGCAAGGAGGAACCAGAGAUCGACAGCCCUGGAGGGGACAUCGAGAUAGGUAUACAACGUGUCUUCACAGAGAUGAAGAAUAUGGACCCUGUCAUGUGGAUGGACACCCUGCUGGGCAACUCUACCAGGCCGUCCUCCAUUCAGGCUAUUCCUUGUGCACCAUAGUUUGGGUCCCUGACCCGUUCUUGCCCUCCUGAGUGAGCUAGGUCCAGCAUCAUGGUGGCUGUGAUACAACAUAAAGCUAAACUUCCGUGGACCCCUUCAUGUGGCAAAACAUAAUCCCAUUGCCAAGCAGGGAAGGGACCAAACCAUCCUCCUUGGGUCAGUGGACUGACUCUUCAGGGCUUAGGAGGCAGGGUCUAAGUUUUUCAAGCUGGCCCUGACUC